AGAGAGAGAGAGAGAGAGAGAGAGGGAGAGAGGGGAGAGAGAGAGAAGUUUAAGAAGGAAAUUGAGACACAGAAGAUUUAACGUGCUACUGGUGUUGUAGCAUAAGAGAUACAGUACUGUCCCCCCUCUUCUCCUGUUCUGACGAGAGGCUGAGGUCAUGGUGAUGGUGCCUGGAGCUGCCAUGGUACCUGGAUUCUUACUACCCUGCCUCUGCACCCUGCUCUGCCUGGAUCUGCUGCUCCUCCCUGGGACGGUGGAGCCGUCGGUGCCCCUGGAGGACUUCUACCCCUUUGGCCAGGACUGGGGGGAUUUCCAGACGAUCUCUCAGGAUGAUGGAGGCUCAGGUCUGGUGGAGAUCUCUGUGGCGUUCCCCUUCUUCGGUGACAGGCACUCGGGACUCUACGUAAACAACAAUGGCCUGGUCUCGUUCCUCAGAGAGGUGUCUCAGUUCACCCCAGUGGCCUUUCCCAUCGCCGGAGACCGGAGGGUUGUGGCCGCGUUCUGGGCUGACGUGGACAACAGGCGGGCGGGGCAGGUCUUCUAUCGGGAGAGUAAAGACCCGUCUGUCCUCCUGAGGGCCACGGCAGACGUCAAACGAUACUUCUCUGGGUUCCCAGAGUUCACUGCGACGUGGAUCCUCAUCUCGACGUGGCACAAAGUCACCUUCUUUGGAGGGAGUGACAUCACACCGGUGAAUACGUUCCAGGUCAUACUGAUCACCAACGGAGAGGUAUCCUUCACCAUCUUCCAGUAUCAUGACAUCACCUGGACCACAGGCAUGCACGCCAGCAGUGGAGGAGACCUGGCAGGGCUAGGAGGCAUCGCUGCACAGGCAGGUUUUAACGCUGGCGACGGGAAACGCUACUUCAACAUCCCGGGGUCUCGUACUGAUGACAUGGUGGAUGUGGAGGGAACCACCAACGUAGGUCGCCCCGGGAGAUGGGUGUUCCGGAUCGACAAUGCCCAGGUGGAGGUGGGUGGCUGCAACCACUCAGCGUCUGUGUGUCCACACCUUCGACCCUGUCUGAAUGGAGGUCUCUGUAUUGAUGACUGCAUCACCGGCAACCCUUCUUUCUCCUGCUCCUGUCUGGCUGGGUUCACCGGAAGGUGGUGCCAGAUAGAUGUAGAUGAAUGUUCGUCCUACCCCUGUCAGAACGGAGGUACCUGCUCAGACCAGGUUAACGGGUUCACCUGCCAGUGUACACCUGGGUUUACAGGGACAGUCUGCCAAACAGACAUUGACGAGUGUAAAGACAGACCCUGCCUCAACGGAGCGCUGUGUGUGCCAGGUGUCGACAGCUUCACCUGUGUGUGUGAGAGUGGCUACUCUGGGACUCUGUGUGAGACAGACAUGGACGAGUGUUAUUCCCAGCCCUGCCUGAAUGGAGGACAGUGUAAAGACCAGGUGAAUAGUUACAACUGCACCUGUCCUGUUGCCUUCACCGGGACACACUGUGAAACAGAGUUGGUGGUGGUGAAUUCAUCAUUGGCUCCUCAAACUGACAAUCAAACAGUGUCUUGUAAAGGGGAGGGCUGUGAGAAGCGUCCGACCUGUGAAUACCUCGGCCCUGGGAACCACAACUGUACCUGCAUCCAGGGUUUCUAUGGUGACCACUGUGAAGGAGAGUGUCUGUGCCAGAAUGGAGGGGUCUGUGUGGACGGGACCUGCGUCUGCACCUCCGGCUUCACCGGAAUCUACUGUCAGUUUGAGGUAACCCAGACCCCAUGCAGUAACAGCAGGCCGUGCCCUGACGGAGGACCCUGUCUGGAGUACGGAGGAACCUACCUGUGUACCUGUCAGACAGGUGUGGCAGACCUAGAUCACAAGGACUUCUAUCCGCCCUAUGUACAGCCUCGAUCGGUCUGUGAUUCAUCCCCGUGUCUGAACGGAGGUCAGUGCUACGAGAGAGAUGGAGGCUACACCUGCGAGUGCAAGCAAGGAUACAGGGGGAAGCACUGUGAGAAAGUCAGACUCAAUACCUGUGCCUCUGGCCCGUGUCGAAACGGAGGCUCCUGUAAAGAGGAGGCAGGGAGCUUCCUCUGUGUCUGUCCAUACAGGUUCACUGGCAAACACUGUGAAGUGGGGAGGCCAGACCCGUGCUCCUCCAGCCCCUGUCUGAACGGAGGAACAUGUUUCCACUACAUCGGGAAGUACAAGUGUGAAUGUUCCGGAGCCUUCAGCGGGAGACACUGUGACAUCAGCAGGGAAUCAGCACACUCCACAGCAGACCUGGACUGUGGUCCCCCCCUGCAGGUGAAGCAUGCAGACCUCCAGUUCUCCUCUACGUCGCCAGGCUCCAUGGCGCUGUACGUGUGCCACCCAGGAUACACCCCCAUGCCCAGGGCCACCCAGAGCAUCUGUGGGGGGCAGGGGGCCUGGAGCCAACCUCCUGUCUGCCAGGGUCUGUAUGCAGUAACACACCACAUGGCACAGCAGGACAGAUGUGAGUCCAGCCCCUGUUUGAACGGCGGUGUGUGUCGGGGCUCCAGGAACAACUACCUGUGUGUGUGUAAAGAAGGGUUCUUGGGGGACCGCUGCCAGUCAUUGGAGAAUCCCUGUGUACUGCAGCCGUGUGGGAACAGAGGCCUCUGCCAUAGUGACAGGAAAGGGAACUACAGCUGUACUUGCAAAGUGGGUCACACAGGCAAGGACUGUGAGAGAGACCUGUUGCCUCCCUCUGGUCUGCAUGUACUACGGGUGGAGGAGGAUGAGGUGGAGCUGCGCUGGGACCUGCCGGACCCCUCGUCUCAGAGCCUGGUCAGUGGCUUCGCUGUGACCUACGCCCCUCUGGGUCUCCCGGGCCGUGGCAGUGGAACCAGGAAGACUGACUUCCUGGACAAGAAGCAGUCCACCUAUCAGCUGCAGGGCCUGGUGCCCGGCCUGCUAUACAACAUCUCUACGUUCUCAGUGAAACGAAACACCAACAGCAACGACAUCAGCCAGCCAGCCAUCGCUCUCAUACGCACCAGGCCACGGCAGGUGGACCAGCUGCAGGUAGUCAACGUAUCGUCCUCCCAGGUGUGGCUGAGGUGGCUGGUUCAGGCUGCUCGUCAUGCUACCGUCAGCCAGGUGCGCCUUUCCCUGGUCUCCUGGGACGGUAGUGGAGUUGCCACCGCUCUGCUCAACACCAGCACAAUGGAAUAUGCCUUCAGCUCUCUGCUCCCUGGUCAGAUGUACACGGUGGACGUUCUAACUCAAAGUGGUAUCAGACCAGACGAGUCGCCCUCCACCAGUCACUCUGCUGGACCGCUGCAAGUCUGGACCAGACCCCUCCCCCCUCAGAACCUGUCUCUGACCCAUGUGACUUCCAACUCCGCCCUGGUGACGUGGGAUGCCCAUCCCAGGAACCUGCCAGACGGCUUCGUGAUCAAUGUGACGCGAGGCCUGAGCACCCGGAGCCGCUUCCUACCCAAUGGGAAGCUGCGAACAUAUACCCUAAGAGAGCUUUCCCCAGGACAACACUACCACCUCGUCCUCAUGGCUGUUCGGAACACGGGACAGGAACAGAUUCACAGUGUACCACAGCACCUGGUCUUCACCACAUUACCGAUGGACGAGCGACGAGGAGGGAGGACGAGGGAGAGACCGUCUGUCGGGGGGACCCCUGUGAGUCAUACACUAGCCCCGUCUGAACCUCAGGACCUGGGGGUGACUGGAGAGAGAGAGCACUCUGAAGAGAUGCCCAGAUACACAGAACUGAUUGAUGGAAGGGGGAGGAUAACAGCUAAGUUCACGAGCCUGCCCAGAAAGGUCAUCAGACACCGCACUAAGCCUGAGCUUCCUAUUCAGUUCCAGGAGAUGGAGGAGACAACUAAUCAAAUCGGCCUUGCACUAGAGAGGAAGGAGGAAGAGGAGGGGCCUGAGUCGUCCCGGGACUGCCAGAGCCUGCCCUGCCUGAACGGGGGUACGUGUGAGAAGGGGAGUGACUCAUACAUCUGCAAUUGCGCAGCUGGGUUCAAGGGCAGGCAGUGUGAGCUGUUCUGCCAACGAGUGCCCCAUCCGUGUACCCGCCUCUACUCUGAAACCAAGAGCAUGCCCGUCUGGGUGGGUGAAGUCUGCCAUUACCUGUACAAACGGACGUUUAAAGUGCAGCAGGAUGUUUGUUAUCGAGAGAUCUGUGAACCACCGCUGCCCAAGAAAAGUCCCAACAGAAGAACCAACAGCCAAUCAUAAUGGUUGGUUUUCUAUGAUACAAAUUGUAUUUGUCACAUACAACAGGUGUAGAUAGACCUCACAGUAAAAUGCUGACUGACCAGCCCUUAACCAACAGGUGUAGACCUCACAGUGAUAUGCUGACUGAC